AUGGCUUCUACAUUUUCUCUCAAAUUGAUUGUUAGUGUUGUCACUUUGCUUUUUUUAAUUCACUUUUCCAGCGUUUGUGAUGCUAAAAGGAUGCUUAGGGAGGAAAAUGAGAAGUUAUUUAAGGUAAAAAAGGAUGAUUCAGCUUCUCCUUCUCCAGAUUCAACAAACAUUGGUGGAUUUCCUUUUCCAUUCAAUUUUCCACCUUUUUCUGAUGGAAUUCCAAAUAUACCCUUCAAUUUUCCAUUUCCUGGCUUUGGAUCAUCAGGAGGAUUGCCUGGUUUUGGAAUUCCUGGUACUGGCGGUAGUGAUAAUAACCCAUUUUCUUUUCCAAUCCCUGGAGUUCCUAAUGUUGCUGUUCCACCCCCAGCUGCCGCCCCUUAA